AUGGUCCUCUCCCAAAAGAAGCCGAAUAUCACUAAGAUUGCGCGUGAAUUCGGCGUCGAUCGCAAGACCUUGACCAGACGCGUUGAUGCGGCUAAAUCGCCUAUUACACCCACUAAAUCGCUCAAAAAUGUCCUGGAGCUAUACCAGGAGAAAGCCCUGGUUAAUUGGAUAGUCCAAAUGCAUGGCUGGAACCUCCCACCUACCCCUGCGUUAAUAGGCGUAUGGGCAAAUCGUACACUGGCCCGAUCGGGUCAGCCCGACCGGCGGGUUGGUAAGAAUUGGCUAUACGCCUUUAUAAAGCGCCUACCAAAGGAUCUUGGUCUAGGCCCUGUGAAGCAGAAGACGAAGGAACUAAGGCGAAUCUAA